AUUCAGUAUGGCGGCGCCCUGGUGUCGGCGUGUGUGUAAACAGUUGUAGCCGAGAGACCAAACUUAAGUGUAGUUUGAUGAAUAAUCUGAGCCGCAACACAAUCUUUGGAAUCCAGCUGAUACCCAAACACACACGGAGGCAACAUGAAGAUUAAAUCCAAGUCUUCGUAUCACAAAUCUGAGAACACGUUCAGGUUUCUCACAUUUGCAGAAAGACUUGCAAAUGUCAACAUCAAUGUCAUCCAUCGCAUAGACAGAACAGGAGCUCAUGCAGAGGAAGUAGAAACAUACUUCUCUGAAGGUCUGACAAAAUGGAGAGACCUCAACUUGACAGAGCAUUUCACUACAUUUCUGAAGGAGGUGUCCAAUAAGAGCCAGUCUUUCAACAUGCUGGUUUUCCAUCAGACAACAAUAGUGGAAACUCUAAAAACACACCUCGGUGUGAAGAACAGUCUUGCCUAUCAGCCACUUCUGGACCUCGUGGUGCAGCUGGCCAGAGACCUGCAGACAGACUUCUACCCACACUUCCCAGACUUCUUCAUUUUGAUCACGUCCCUACUGGACACCAAGGACACAGAGGUCCUGGAGUGGGCGUUCACCUGUCUCUCUUACCUCUACAAGUACCUGUGGAAGGUUAUGGUUAAGGACAUGACCAAAAUAUACGGUUUAUACAGCACACUCUUGGCACACAAGAAAGAGCACAUCCGCAAAUUUGCAGCAGAGAGCUUCUCUUUCUUGAUGAGAAAGGUUCCAGAUCUUGAUGCUCUUCUAAGUCUGAUGUUCUCAGAUCUGGAGCAGCACCCAGACAAGGCAGAGGGAGCAGGUCAACUACUCUUUGAAAUGUGCAAGGGAGUCCGACAGAUGUUCCACUCCUGCGCUGGAAAUGCUCUCCCUGUUGCUUUCCGUAAGCUUGGAACCUCCACAAACCCAGGAGCCUCUCUGCCCUGGGACACUGUCAGGGAUGCUCUGGAUCACAUGAUCCAGGCUGCUGCCAAUCACAUCGACAGAGAUCACUUCCUUGUUAUGUGGGAGUCCUUGCAGGCCAGUGUGGUGGAGGUCCUGGGAAUCAUGGAAGCGAAAGGAAAGGAAGCAGAUCAGCUGGAGAGGCUGCUGUUCAUUCUCAACACUCUUGUGUCCCAUAAGGACGGAGCAAAGAUCACAAAACCGGAGGCUGUGUGCCAGAUGGUGUUGCAGCUGAUUCAGAGCUCGUCUCUGUCAGAUUCUUGUUCCCGUCUGCUCCUCCAGACCACGUCAUCCCUGCUCCUCGGGGAGAACAUCACCCUGCCCAAAGCACUCAUCCAGGACACCGUACAGAAGGUGUUCGGCAGCACAAUGGGGCAAGAUCUGAUACUGGAGUUUACAAAGGAGAUGUUCACCAUGAAGCAGUUUGAACAGCUCUUCCUCCCAAGCCUGUUACGCUUCACGACUGGGUUAUUCGCAUGUGGAGAUCCCCUGUCUCGCCACUGUGGCCUGGAUGUGCUCGUCAACCUAAUCCUUGCCAAAGCUCCGCCCCCGACCGAUGGCUCCAUGGCCUUUGAGACCUACCCGCUGCUGUUCACCGGACAGACGAUGGGAGUGUUCAACAGUAAUCAAACCUGCAGCACAUCAGAGCAGCCUGCUGUGCCAGAGCUGGUGCUGUCGCUGAUCCAACUUCCUGAGGAGCCGGACCAGUCCAUCACAGACCUGUCACGGCCCUGGGCUGCACUGGUGCUUCUGCCACACCUCAGGCCUCUGUCGUCUGCUAGCAUCAUCCCUGCUGUGACUGCAUUCUUAAACCAUCUACUGAGUGAUAUUGAGUCUGAGAAACUGGCGAAAGCUGGUCUCUUUGUCGCCAGCCAGGCCCUGAGCUGCCUCCUCACCCUGGACGGCUCUGCUCAGCCGCUCUUACUGCUCACCGUGGACAAGAUCAACUCCAUGCUGCGGAAGUUUCCCUCAGACCUUUCUGCCCUGCUGCUCGGGGACCUGUACUACACUCGCCUGUCACUCAGUGGAGUCUCAGAGCACCUUUCACACAGUGCUCUGCUGGACCUCUACCAGAUCCUAAAUGCUAACCUGUCAUCCAACAUCUCAAAGAUCCGCCUCCUGACUCUGAGGAUCCUCUCUCACUUUGAAGCAGAGCUCCCUCCUCUUGCAGAGGGUGAGGAGAACUUGGAGGUGCAGCCGGUGUUUGCAGUGUGCCUGCAGGCUGAGCUGGUGCCAGCUUCCGUUCAGGACUACAGAGAAAAACUGCUUCACCUGCGUAAGCUGAGACACGACCUGGUGCAGCGCAGUCUGCCGCUGGGGCCUGCUGCCACCUUUCAGCAGGUUCCUCUGCGUUACCUUAUUGCAAUGCUGUUCAUCAACUUCAGGCCUCUGUGGGACCCGGUCAUUGAACUUCUCGUGACUCAUGCCAGAGGGAUGGACAACAAAGACUUCUGGAAGGUUUUCCAUGAACAUCUGGAGAUGGUGGCCGGACUGGCCGAGAAAGAGUUGCAGGAGAGUGAAGAAGAUGAUGAAGAGGAAGAGUCGGGGCUUCAGGGAGAGCCUGGCUGUGAUGUGAUUGAAAGUGGCGAUGUCGGGGUUCUGUUCCUCGAGCAGGUGAAGCUGACCUCCAACCCCAACGAGAGGACCGACUUCACCAACUUCCGCAACCUGCUUUGGCGCUCCAUGGUGCAGUUCCCUGAACGAGUGGAACCACGCAGCCGAGAGCUGAGCCCCCUGCUGCUGCGCUUCAUCAAGAACGAGUUUUACUCUACCGACCUGCUGGUGGCUCCUACUCAGGACUUGAAGAAGAGAAACGAUGCCAACUUGGAGGAGUCUGGGAUGGCUGUGGAGGAAGAUGAGGAUAAAGAAGAGGAAGAACAGGAGGAGGAGGAGGGGGGCAGACAGCAGAGGAAGACGCCUCCAAGGAGAGCUGCUGCCAAACAACUGAUCGCUCAUCUGAAAGUAUUCGCCAAAUUCACAAACCCUCGCUCUCUCUACAUGCAGAGCAGUCUCAGUGAGCUCUAUAACCAGUUGCUCUGCCAUCAGGACCAGCAGAUUCAGCGAGUGGCACUGGAAUGUGUCCUCUCAUACAAAGAAGCCGGCGUCGUACCGUACAAGGAGAAUCUGGAGAAGCUUCUGGAUGACAAACACUUCAAAGAGGAGAUUGUUCAUUUCAACAUUACUGAUGAAUCAGGCGUGGUUGAUGCUUCACACAGAGCCAGACUCAUCCCACUGCUAAUGAGGAUCCUGUUCGGCCGUCUUCGCAGCAAAGCAGGCAGCAAGUUUCAGGGGAAAGCAUUCGCCACCUCUCGGUCCUCCAUCAUCCUGCGUUUCCUGGCUGGUUGCCAGGCGGAGGAGCUGGGGAUAUUCAUCGACCUGCUGCUGGAGCCCGUGCACCGUCACAGUGAAGGUUCCUGCCUGACAGCAGUAGAGAGAGCAAUAGCAGAAACAGACAUAUCAGCUGUUCUGCCACUGGGACGUCAACACAGCCUGCUGAACAUCAUCAACGUGGUCAUCCAGAAACUGGGACACCUUAUACACAUCUACCUGCCCAAGGUGCUGCAGAUCCUGCUGUGUGUUACCGCUUCUGUGUGCACCACCCUGGACCAACGAGACCAGCUGCGUGCAGGUUGCAUCAGCCCUCUGAAGAACCUGAGGCGACUCGGCAUCCUAAGAAUCCAAGACUUCUUCGACGACUUCGACUCCUACAGCUUCAGUCCAGAUGAGCUGGACGGUGUCUUCCAGGCUGUAGUGUGGCCUCAGGUGUGCCGACUCCCCACAGAGAGCCCUUACUCUCCCACCCCUCUGCUGAAACUCAUCCAUGUGUGGUGCAAAAAUGCCAGGUAUUUCCCCCUCUUGGCAAAGCAGAAACCAAACCAUCCAGAGUGUGAUAUCCUCCUCAACGUCUUCGCCCUCCUCUCGGCCAAGAAUGCUUCCCAAGUCACCAUCAACAUGGUGAUGGACAUAGCUGAGUCCCUCGCAACCACUGAGGACUUUGUUGCCUCAGAUGCUGAGACAGGGCUGAGUGUCAAUGACUGUGUGUUACCACAGCCUGAAGAGGGAUCGUUUGUCACUGCAGAUUCUUUGAGUCAGGGCUCCAGACUGCUGCUGCCUCACGUAUUCACCCUGCUGCAGUACCUCAGCGGAAUCGUACGUAACACUGACCGACUCAAAAAGAAAAAGUUCAGAGCUCAGGUGGCCAAAGAGCUCAACAUCCUCUCAAAGGUCAGCAGAUUUGUGAGUGACAGGCAACAGAGCUCAUUGCUAAUCAGCCUGUUGCUGCCAUACCUCCAAAAAGGCCACAACCCUCAAGAGACAGAAAUUGACAUCCUGGCCACAGUGCAGAAUCUGCUGCGACAGUGUGUGCAGCCCUCGGCGUUCCUGCGGCCACUCAGCAAACUUUUCUCCAUCAUCCACAACAAGCUGCCCCGGCAGGCCCUCACCAACGUCUUCCAGACGCUGUCAGAUCUGGAGCCGUCCCUCACUUACAUCACUGAUGUAGCAACAAAGCUUAAUGCGUUUGACAGUCGACACUUAGACGAGAUCUACUUUGACGUGCGUCUAACGGCUUUCCAAGAAGCUACAAGGAAAGUCAGAGACAUGACCACCCUGGACCUGGACUUCAUCAGCACUAUCAUACACAACUGCUUCCACACCUAUGAGAUUGGAGACAUGUCGCUAGCAGACAACGCCACCAUGUGUCUGUCUGCAGUGAUCACCCAGCUGGCAGCGGUCGGGCCUGGAGAGCAGAUCUACAGGGAUGUUGUGCAACACACCAUCCUGGAUGCUGUGCACAAGGGGCUACGCAGCAAGACAGAUAGUGUGCAGCAUGACUACACCACAGUGCUGGCCUGCCUGGUGAAGACUUUCCCCUCCAGGAAAGAGUUCAGAGACCUGGUGCAGCUCACCAACUACCAUGAUCUGGAGUCUGACUUCUUUGAGCACAUGAAGCACAUCCAGAUUCACCGUCGCGGUCGUGCCCUGAGGAAGUUGGCCAAGCAGCUAACAGAGGGCCAGAUCAUCAUGACGCCGCGCUCCCUCCAAAAUUACAUCAUGCCAUACGCCAUGACAGCUGUGAUGGAUGAAAAGAUGCUCAAGCAUGAGAAUAUGAUAUCAGCGUCGGUGGAGGUGGUGGGUGCCGUGUGUCGCAGGCUCACCUGGUCCAAAUACCUCUACUACCUGAAGCACUUUGUCCACAUCCUGCAGACGUCACAGGCGGAGCAAAAACUGACUGUGAGUUUGCUGGUCACAGUCCUGGAAGCUUUCCAUUUUGACCAUCAAACCCUGAGCAGAGAGAUGGAGGCUGCCAAGGCCAGAGAGGCUGUGAGUGCUGCUGAUGAGGCAGACGACGAGGACCAAGCCGCUGCAGAAGAAUCAGAUGCAAGUGAUGAUGAGGAGGCAAUGGAGGUGGACAGUGCAGCAGCUCCUUCUGACAUUCCAAUGGAAACAGAUGCCACUAACAGAGCAAAGGAUGUGGCCUCUAAGUCUGCACCCACCACAGGGACCAAAGGGACAGCAGCCCCUAAACCCUUCACAGUGCCCAGUGGUCUGCCGCAGAGCAAAGAGGAGCUGGAAACUCUGAUCAAAGCCAUCCACGAGACGGUCAAUAACAGUGUGCUGCCUCGCCUGCACAAAUGUCUCAAUGCAAAGAUAAAGCGUGACGAUGAGCACAAAGCGGUGAAGUCAAAGGAGGUGAAGGAUGAGGAGGUUGUGAGGAUACCGAUCGCCUUCGCCAUGGUCAAAGUGAUGCAGACUCUGCCUCCACACAUCAUGGAUGCCAACCUGCCUGGGAUCCUGAUUAAGGUGUGUGUAGUGCUAAGAAACCGUUUCCAGGAGGUCCGUGAUGUGGCAAGAGGAACUCUGGUGAAGAUCCUGGAGACUCUAGGCUGCAGGUACCUGCAGUACCUGCUCAAAGAGAUGCAGGGGCUCCUGGUCAAGGGUUACCAGGUCCAUGUGCUCACGUUCACCGUGUACCAGCUACUGUCAGUCCUUGCUCCAACCCUGAAGAGUGGCGACCUCGACCCAUGCAUGAACAUGCUCAUUGACAUAUUCAACAAUGAGCUGUUCGGGGCUGUUGCUGAGGAGAAGGAGGUGAAGGGGAUCGUCUCCAAGCUGAUGGAGGCUCGACACAGCAAGAGCAUGGACUCAUACGAGUUUCUGGCAAAGUUUUGCAGCAAGGAGAGCAUCACUAAGUUGAUACUGCCAAUGAAAGAGAUUCUGGAGACCACAUCCAGUCUAAAAGUGUGUAACCGGGUGGGUGCUGUGUUACGCCGACUGGUCUUGGGUCUGCUUGACAACGAGGGCAUGACUUCCCAGAAUAUCUUAAUGCUGUGCCACGGCCUCGUCAGCGAGAGUCUGCCUCUGCUCACCAAGAGAGACAGAGAGAAGUCCUCAGUGAAGCCUCCGCCGGACCCAAGACUGCCUCCUCCGAGCUGCCUGCUCCUGCCUCCCACUCCAAAGAGAGGGGGUCAGAGAGCCCUCGUGAGCAGCCGGACCAACAUGCACAUCCUGGUUGAUACUGGCCUCAAGCUGCUCCAUCUGAGUCUGAAGAAAUCCAAAGUGACGUCUUCUGAGGCCUCCGCUCUAGAGAUGCUUGAUCCUUUCGUACUGUUGCUGCUCGAGUGCCUCAACUCCAUGCAUGUCAAGGUGAUCACAGAGGCUCUGGUGGCGUUCACUUGGCUGUUGAAGUUCCCUCUGCCGGCCAUAAAAGACAACUCCGACCAGCUGACCAAGGCGCUCUUUGUCCUGCUGAAGGAUUACUCCAAGGCAGGAGCUGCCCGUGGAGAGAACUACCACCUGGUUCAGAACUGUUUCAAGGCCAUCACCAUACUGGUGAAGAAUGUCAAAAGCAGCAAAGUCUCAGAGACACAGCUUCAAGUGCUGCUGGGAUAUGCAGAGGAGGACAUCUAUGACCAGUCCCGCCAGGCCACCGCCUUUGGUCUGCUGAAGGCGAUUCUGUCAAGGAAACUCGUUGUUCCAGAGAUGGAGGAGGUUUUAAAAAAAGUGGCAAAGCUGUCCGUCACCGGCAGCAACGCUAUGAUCCGAAUCCACUGUCGACAGAUCUAUCUGAAGUACCUCCUGGACUACCCACUUGGAAAAAAGCUGAGGGGGCAUCUUGAUUUUGUGGUGGCCCAGCUGCACUACGAACACGAUACAGGCAGGGAGUCGGUGCUGGAGAUGCUGGCCUACAUCUUCCAGACUUUCCCGCAGGCGUUGCUGCUGCAGCACAGCGGCUUGUUCUUCGCUCCGUUGGCACUGGUGGUAGUCAACGAUGAUUCCGCUCGCUGUAAGAAAAUGGCUGCAAUGGCCAUCAAAGCCCUGCUGGCCAAGCUGGACUUGAACCACCAGAACACGCUGUACUCCCUCGUCAACACCUGGCUUAAUGCAGAAAAGGCCAGCCUGCGUCGCCUCGGGGCUCAGAUUUGCGGUCUCUUCGUGGAAGUGGAGGAGGAGAAGUUCGCCAGACGCCUUGAUGACCUCCUGCCCCUCCUGGAGAAAGAGAUAAACCCUGACAACUUUGAAGACAUCGAGGAGGAGCAGGAGGAGAAAGGAGCAGACAGGCUGUUGUUCAGUUUCCUGACUCUGAUAUCUAAGCUGAGCAAGCACUGCGGCCUGCUGGAGCUCACCAAGCCUCGUGAUAUAUUACAUCAUACCUGGGGUUACAUCGAAGCCCAUCUGCGGUACCCUCACUGCUGGGUGUGGCUCACCGCCUCGCAGCUCUUUGGUCAGCUGUUUGCGUCCCAUCAGGCCGAGCAGCUGGUCUCUGUUUGGAGAGGAGAGGCAGUGGAUGCUUCACCUCAGCCGGCGGUCACAGCCUUCAUCACCAGCGGCCUGGACAAGAAGAUGAGAGAGUUGGCGUUAUCUUUCUGCCAUCAGCUUCAGUCCAAGUUCCUUGACACAGCAUCUGGAGAGCAGGUCAUAAAGAACCUGCUGUUUGUCGGCAAGGUGAUCUAUCUCAUCUCCCCCGAGUCUGACAUCGCUCUACCUGAGGAAGUCAUGAAAGAAGAAGAGGAAGAGCAGAAAGAGAACGGCAAUGAAGAGGAUAAUGAUGGAGAGGAGGCGGUGGAAGAUGAGGAAAAGAAAGAAGAAGACGAGGAGGAGGAGGAGGAGGAUGAUAAGGAUGAUAAGCCUCCCUCACUGCUGUGGUUGAUGAAGAAGCUGUCACUCAUGGCCAAGAGAGAAGCGGCGUACACUCCCAAAAUUCCCCUCAAGAGAACCUGCGUGUUUAAGUUCCUGGGAGCCAUGGCCAUGGACCUGGGGAAGGAACGGCUCGGCCCUUAUCUGACUACAAUCAUUACUCCUCUGUACAGGGAGCUGGACAGCACCUACGCAGACCAAGAUCCCACUCUGAAGAACUUGGCACAGGAGUUGAUAGAGCUCAUGAAGAAGCAAGUAGGGUUGGAGAAAUUCUCACUGGCCUUCUCUGCUGUCCAAAAGGAGUUUUCACUGAGGCGAGCUGCACGCAAACGCCACAGAGCCAUGCAGGCGGUAGCUAAUCCAGAAAUUGCAGCUAAGAAGAAACUGAAGAAGCACAAGAACAAAAUUGAAGCCAAGAAGAGAAAGAUCGAGUUCCUCCGGCCCGGAUAUAAAGCCAAGAAGCAACGGAGCCAUGCGCUCAAGGACCUGGCCAUGGUGAAGUGAGCCAUGUAGGUGGCUAACUAAGGAUGCUAGCAGGAACGAGGGGGUCCCAGUUUACUUACUGAUGGACUCAACUAGGAUGAACAAUGCUUUACCGCUCUGAUUAUUUUGUCUCUACAGAGCAAAGACAUCAACUACCCCCCCCUUUUGGUUUCCAAAUCAUGAGUUCGUCUCACAUUCAAACAAUGAUGAUAACUUAUACAUCUCUACUGAAAGGGAUCCUACUUCCAUGUGUGUGACAGGAAGAAUGGGAAAUGUACCAGCUGUUAGGCCUUUAAGUAUAAGUAAGUUCACUUAUACUACAGAUUAAAGCUGAACUGUUUUACUUCCUGCUUAGAUGAGUUGUCCUCAUAUUUAUACCCUGUGCAGUUGAAUGUACAUUUUAUUUGUAAUACAAAAGAUAAAACAUUUUAACUAA